CCAAGUCACCGAAUGUAUUCUGCUCUGUUCAUCAUAACAAACUGUGAUGUGGACUGACUUACAUUACAAUGUAUUAUCAGCUGUUCUGAGUAUGUGAUCUGCUGGUAGUUGGCUGAGCUCAGCAAUGUUUUCUGAUUGUCUGAGGCAGAUUUCAAGAAACGUGCUUUAAUUUGUUGAGCUUUCUAAAUAAAAAGAGAGGCUCGUCUGAUCUCCUCGGCUUAGUUUGUAAACAUUGUUUGGAAGAUGAAGUUGACUGCUGUGGACAGCGAAACAGAUACGAAGACCACCACCCACCAAGCCAAAACAGGAAAGGCGUCGUUGAAGUCUUCGUUCCUUUUGGACUGGUGGCUGUCAGUUGCCAUUUGUGACCAAGAACGUCAUUGUAGUUUGGGAAUGUUCGUGCUGACUGAUUGUUCAGAGAUUGUUAGCUAAAGUUUUCCAGUUUUCCAGACGACCGAUCAAGCAGACGGUGUCAGUCUGAGUCUGUCGUUGCCUCGAAUCUCAGUCUGUUCCUAACCCGUGCCGAGGUAUUCUACCCCUUUGCUAGGCGAGGCUUGUAAUGUUUGUAGGAUACAGCAGAUGCAGAAGGCAGUUAUCAAACUGACAUUGGAUUUUUAACAGAAUAGAACACUGCAUUUGAUAAUACAACAGGAUGGCAGGCUUUUACAAUUUGGAUCACAAAGAAGUCAUUCGCAUAAAAGUGAAGAAGUGCGAUGGCAAGAUGCAGCCUGAGUACAAAAAGUUUUCCAUCGACCCUCAAAUCACAUCUUUUGAGAUGUUACAAGGCAUCCUCGCCAGGGCAUUUGAAAUCAACAGUGACUUCACGAUCAGCUAUCUGGCCCGGGACUCGGAGGGUCAGGCCGUCUAUCUGUCCAUGCUCUCUGACUGGGACAUGGACGCUGCCUUCCAGUGUGCUGCUGACCCUUGCCUCAAGCUCAAGGUUGACCUUCGGCCCUUUGAAGAAGAGCUGGAGGACUGGGAUGUGAUAGCGCCGGCCGAGAUCCCCCAGCACAGGAUCAGCAGCAUUCUGGACAAAGGCUCCAUACUGGGCACCAUCACACAUGGCAUUGGCAAAACCAUGAAUUCUGUGCAGCGAGUGAUGGGCUUCAAGCAAUCUGACAGUGACAUCAAACCCAUCAAGCCUCCGAUGUCUGACAUGGAGUUCCACAAUUACCUCGACAGCGCUGGCUUCAUGAUGAGACCCAACGAAUUCCGACUGUCCAUCUACCAGGGAGGGAUCGAACCCUCCUUACGACGAGUGGCGUGGCGGCAUCUGCUCAACAUCUUCCCAGCAAACAUGUCGGGUAAUGACCGUUACGAAUACAUGAAGCGAAAAGGGGAGGAGUACAGGCGUCUGCGAGAGGAGUGGAGAGAAAAGUUCAAGAGCAAUACGGCUACGGAGGAGGUGAAGUACGUGACUAGUAUGGUGAAGAAGGAUGUGCUCCGCACAGACCGCGCUCACGACUUCUACAAGGGGAGUCAAGACAACGAAGAUAAUGAGAACACUCUGUCGCUGUUCCACCUGCUGGUCACGUAUGCCUUGACGCACCCGGAUGUCUCCUACUGCCAGGGAAUGAGCGACCUGGCAUCACCACUGUUGGUCACUCAGAAAGAUGAGGGUCAGGCGUACAUCUGCUUCUGCGCUCUGAUGAACCGACUGAGGGAGAACUUUACGGUGGAGGGCACAGCCAUCAUGCUCAAGUUCCGGCAUCUGUCUGAGGUUCUGGCUAUGUACGAUCCUCAACUGCACGCAUAUUUAGAGCAGAACUCUGCCGGAGAUAUGUUUUUCUGUUACCGCUGGUUCCUUUUGGAGCUAAAGCGGGAGUUUCCCUUCUCUGAUGCACUGUACGUUCUGGAGGUCAUGUGGGCGACGCUGCCACCCAGCCCACCCCAAACGGAGCUAGAAUUGGUUGACCCUGACUACACAUGCCGGCUACUGUCCAGCUCACCUUGCUCCCCUUCCUUCUCUAUCCAACAAGCCAUGUACGCCAAACUCCUGGCCAUGAGGCGGGUCGGGGCCCUGCACCGGGUAGCGCAGGCUGCCAAGCCAAUUACCCUUCACGCACCUCGGCCCUCGACGAACAACAACCUGAGCCUCGAGAGCUGUCAUGAUAGCUCCAACAACACAAGCGUCAUGUCCUCGUUUGACACGUCUCCAGGAGAUAUAGAAGACAAGGGAUCAGAUUUUCCAGAAGUUGAUAACGUUCUCACAAGGUCAUUGCAGAAGAAAUCCAGCAGUAUUGAUCAGGUUCUACAGGAGGGAUCUUGCCUUGGUGAUGAUGAUGAUGAAGAUGCUGAUGAUGAGAAUGAGAAUAAAACAAGUCAAAGUAGCUGUGAUACGGAUUCAGAUUCGAAAAAGAACAAUCUUGAUAAUCCAGGGAGUGGAGUUGAUUCUAGCCCCAAGGAAAAUGGCUUUGACAGUUUGGAUACCAUAGUGCCCGAGGACAGUGAAUAUGGCGGUGUCAGUAUGCAUAUACCCAGUAAUUCCAUUCCUAUAGAAGAGAGCUCGGACUUCCAUUUCACCAAAUCGAAUGGGGAGCGCACUUGGAGUGUGAGCUCAGCUGUCUCAGAGUCUUCUGAUGGCUCUGAACUACAAGCGCAGUUCGUUUUGUCAUUGGACACCAACAGCAACAAUUCGGAGAAUACUUGCGGACAGGAUGACCAGUCCAGCGAGCUGAGCUCUGUCCCAACAACACCAGAGACUACCACUAGUAAUGUAGUCUACAUCAAAGCGGAGGCACCUGCCAAUUCUAAAGCAGUUGUAGCCAAUAAUUCUGAUUCAAACUCUGGAAUUUUUCAAAGCAUGAAGCGAUUGCUGGCUUCGCCUAUACGCCGGUCUACUAGCCAUACGACACCUGAUGUUCCCACAUCUCCUGGGGCGUCUCCGAAGAAAGGCAUGCCUCCUAAACACGUACCCUCAGCUCCUGUUCUACAUGGUGUGUCUAGCAAUAAGGACGUUUCAGCCAUGGCCAAAAAUUACUCUGAUUCGCACCUCUCAGAAUGCCAGGAAGCCACCGAGUCAUUGGAGAGUUCUACAGGAAGUGCACAGACCACGCCAUCCAGCCCGAGUGCCAAGCCCGUGAUCAGGGACCCGUCGCGUCUUCCUCCCCCGCAGGAGUUUGGCUCAGGGAACCCCUUCCUUAUGUUCCUGUGUCUGACACUGCUCACCAUGCACAGGGACGUAGUGGUGCGCAAUGGCAUGUGUUACGAGGAGAUUGCCAUGCACUUUGACCGGCUUGUGCGUCGACACAAUGCGCAGCGUGUGCUGCACCAUGCGCGUCAAAUGUACACGGAGUACCUGAAAGCACAGCAGAACAAUGUGGAGAAGGAGAGAGAAAAGGAAGUGGAUGAGCUGGGAAUGAGCUGCUGAGCGUAAAGUACCCUAUUCAUCGUGCUAUGUUCUACAGCUCUACAUGUCUUUCUUAAGUUACAGUAUAUUGCUAAUGUGGAAUUUUCUUGCCAAAUUGUGUUUUUUUCCUCUCUUUUUUCAUGGUGGUGUUACAUCUUCUUCAUUAUCAUUAAGAGGGGUAUAUAUUGGGCACUGGUGCAAUAUUAAGAUCGCUGCUUGUAACAAUGUCUGUACAUAUUCUUAAGUCUAGUCUGUUGUUGGUGCAAUGUUAAUAUCUCAGAAGUAAAUUUAAAGUAUUCCUAAGACAAACACUGUUCACUACUGUAUUUAUUUAAUAGUAAUUCAGAGUUGUUUAUUUCUAAGAAAAAAUUGAAGCAUGUUGGCUGAAAGAUUCAGUGCUGUAGUGAUUACCCUGUAACAUAUGAAAAGCGUUCCCCUUUGUGCUUAAAUCAUAUUACUCUUGAAUUCCUUCACUGUCUCUUUUUGCCAUGCUCUUUGGGGUCUCCUGGAACAUUGACUGAGUGCCACAUAUGUCUCAGUCAGCAGUUUUAUAACAGAUGCUGAAACAAAGAUAGUUGCUCAUAUGUAUUGAAAUUACUAUAACUUGUGGCCAUUGAAAUGAGGAAUUUACAAUUCAAAGAAAAGAAAUUCAAUGAAUAUGUUGUGCUGUGAGCUAUAGCUAAGAUUAGCCAAACUGAAGAACCUCAUUUCAUAUUGUCAAAAUAAUACAUUUUAUCAUUAUUUUGUUAUUGUUCUCAAAGGUAUGCUACCACAUCGAUUUUAUGUUUCGUAUAUUCAUCAGUUAAUUAUUUGAUUUGAUUUUCUGCUAACCCUUCAUAGAAGGGAAUUGGUUAUCAAAAGUAUAUUUAUGAAUGGUUUCUCUCCUCGAGGCUGUGAAGUAUAUCUUUGCCAUAUCAAGGGAUAUUUUAUUAUCUUUAGGGCUUGUAGCCUAGUACAUAUUUUGUCUUUUCCAAUUUGUUUUUGUUUUUGUGUUGUGCUCUUUUUGUUUUCCUGCUGCAAAUGGUGAUGUUGCUUUGUGCAAAAAUCAAGAACAACUUUCAACAGGGAGGCAGGAGCAAAUUUUCAACAUUGGCCCUUUCCUGAACCUUGCAUCUAUUGACACUGGAUUAAAUGAAUCAACAGACUUGGCAAAAGGAGAAAGUCGCCCUUUCCUUCUUUCAUUGUAGUCAUCUGUACACCUCGUAUUGGUAUCAAGUAAAUUCUGAAACUUUGGACCAAACAAAAUACCUAGAUAUAGCAACGGGGAGCAUGUUGGUGCAGGUCCAUAGGGGGUCCCCCCCACCCCCCUCCCUCCCUCUCUUUUGCUCAAUUCACCUUGAUCAGUUACAGCAGUAUGGUAAGUUUAUCAAUCUUUUUCUAAGCCAUUGAAAUUUUUCUCAAAAUGUGGUUAUUGUCAGUUGUAAACUAUUGUCAAUGAACUUAAGCAUUCUUAGAGAUGGUACUUCUCAAUUCUCCAAUAUGGUCAGUUUUCUUUUCGUGAACUUUUCCUCACAAUGCCCAGAAUUAAAUUGUGAUAGAAGGUAUUUUGGUAUGUUGCUUCGUACUUAAAUUCUGAAAGCAAGAA